GCACCCUACUCCUGCGUCCUCUUGGCGGUGAUGCGCUGUCAGUGUUUUCCUUCCUUAUGGUGUAGCGUCCGUUAGAGUGCCUGUCUGCAUUCCAUCUAUAGUUAUGUCUAGUAGCGGACCACAGACGUUUUGAGAGCGGGUUUGCAGUAGGCUACACGAUUGUCAAGCAGCGUGAGCAGGUCUGCGUCCCCGGCGACAGGGCCUCUCGUCAGGAUGGGCUUCGGAGAGGAGCUGUGGUGCCCGCAGGCCCACGCCUCCCUCAUGCGUCUGCAGGACUCCGAGCUGCGGCUCAUGGAGCUCGUCAAGAAGUGGAUGACCCAGAGGGCCAAGAGUGACCGCGAGUUCUCCACCCAGCUGCACCAGAUGGCCGUCAUGGUGGAGAAGCUGGAGGGCACUCAGCCCGGUGGUGGCCUGGACUACAUCAGUCAUCUGAAUAAGUCGUGGAACGUGUUAGUGAGCCAGACAGAGAGCCUGAGUCGCAUCAUGAAGAAGCGCUCGGAGGAUCUGUCCGUGGGACCCCUCAGCAAGCUCACUCUGCUGAUACGGGACAAGCAGCAGCUGCGCAAGUCCUACAGUGAGCAGUGGGUGCAGCUGAACCAGGACCUGUGCAAGGUGACUCAGACCGAGCCCGAGAAGUUAAGAGGCAGCUAUAAGCAAUUGGUCAGGGAGGCUGCACAGGCCAAGAAAAAGUACCAGGAGGCCAGCAAAGACCGUGAUCGUGACCGGGCGCGGGAGCGCUACGUGAAGGCCACGCUGAAGCUGCACGAGCUGCACAACGACUACGUGCUGGCCGUGCGGGCGGCCCAGGUGCACCACCAGCAGCACUACAGCCAGAGCCAGCCCGCCCUCCUCACCGCCCUGCAGACGCUGCAGGAGGAGAUGGUCCUCGUGCUGAAGGAGAUUCUGCAGGAGUACUUUGACCUGACCACCCUGCUCCAUGAGGAGGUGGUGUUGGUGCACACAGAGAUGACGAGCGCCCUGAACGCCAUCAGCCCCGAGAGGGAGUACGACAGCUUCAUCCAGCAGAACAGGUCAGUAGCGGAAGUGCCGGCGUGUGUGGAGUUUGACUGCAGUGUUCUGGAGGAUGCGGAGAAGCUUCAGGCUGAGGAGCUGGUGCUCAACGAGCUCACUCUAGAAGGGCUUCAGCACAGGCUGACCACGGUGGAGGACGAGCUGCUGACCUUGACGACCACGCUGGGGAACCAGCAGGCCACUGUCACCCAGCUGGAGCUGGACCUGCAGUCCGAGCAGGAGGGCCCGGUACUCAGUGGACAAAGGAUAUAUCAGUACAGCAAGCGCAACGCUCUGGAGGACAGCCGUCAGCAGGUGCUGGUGUCCAUGGUGGCGCGGGCGCGGCUGGAGGCCCAGAGGCUGCUGCUGGCCGAGGCGCUCCAGAGGCUGGGCUCCCGCGAGCCGCCGCGCGUCCACCUGGACGAGGACGACCGCCGCUCCAUCACCUCCACCACCUCCAGCGGUGGAGAGAGGGAGUUCCGGCUGCCCAACUUGGAUUCUGUCAUGUCUCAUCUCGGCGCCCUCUUCAAGCCCAAGUACACGGUGCCCCCAGCGCUGACCCCAGUGGCUGAGGUGGACAUGCCUCUGACUCAGCAGGGCUGGUACCAUGGGGCAAUCCCUCGCCCAGAGGUCCAGGAGCUGCUCAAGAGCGAUGGAGACUUCCUGGUGCGGGAAAGUCAGGGUAAACAAGAGUAUGUGCUCUCAGUACACUGGGGAGGACAGUGUCGGCAUUUCCUGAUCCAGAGCGCAGAUAACAUGUUCCGUCUGGAUGGUGCCAGCUUCCGCAGUGUCCCUCUGUUGGUGAACCACCUCCGAAGCUCCAAUCAGAGUGUCACCAAAAGGUGUGACAUCAUACUCAAAAGACCCAUACUCAAGGACAAAUGGGUUCUGGAGCAUGAUGAUGUCAUCUUGGGUCAGAGCAUUGGGCGGGGCAACUUUGGUGAGGUGUUUAGUGGUCGCUUGCGCUCUGAUAACACUCCGGUGGCUGUUAAGUCCUGCAGGGACAACCUGGCGCCAGAUCUGAAGAACAAGUUUCUAAUGGAGGCCAGGAUUUUGAAACAGUAUGACCACCCCAACAUUGUGAAGCUGAUUGGUGUGUGCACACAGCAACAACCUAUCUACAUCAUCAUGGAACUGGUGCAAGGGGGAGACUUCCUGUCCUUCCUGCGCUCUGAGGGACAUAACCUGAGAUCGCACAUGCUCCUCCGCAUGGCAGAAAACGUGGCUGCAGGCAUGGAGUACCUGGCCAGCAAGAAGUGCAUCCACCGUGACCUGGCGGCACGGAACUGCCUGGUAGGGGAGCAGAGCGUGGUGAAGAUCAGUGACUUCGGCAUGUCGCGUGAGGAGGAGGACGGUGUUUACUCCGCCGCUGGCGGCAUGAAGCAGAUCCCAGUCAAGUGGACGGCGCCCGAGGCCCUUAACUAUGGGCGCUACACCUCCGAGACGGACAUGUGGAGUUUCGGCGUGUUGCUAUGGGAGACGUUCAGCCGGGGCAUCACUCCGUACAGCAACAUGUCCAACCAGCAAACACGCGACGAGGUGGAGAGAGGCUACCGGUUGCCAGCACCUAGUAACUGCCCAGCUGAGGUGUAUGCGCUGAUGUCACAGUGCUGGCAGUAUGACCCCAGGAGACGGCCCACCUUUUCCAAAAUAAGGAUGGAGUUAAGUCACUUGUGACAUUAGUCUCUGUGGAUGAAGCUAAAUGAUCUGAUGGGGCUUUGGAGGAAGGAGACAGCAGCACUGAUCAAUAAUAAUGAUCUCCUACACAUGCACAUGGGACUACCACAGACAUGAACACAAUCAGACAGCGGUCCAAGUUGAAGCUCUGAGCUCCUUUUCUCCGGGGCUUGGUAUGUUGCACUGCCAGGUCCCUGUGCUUGAUGCCCGCCGGGGCUGCCUGAAGUGCUCUGAGGUGCUCGGUGCCUAGAUGGGUUGGCAAGAGUGUCUGUUUUCCUUUUUACUGUUUGUGUCUGCGAUGCCAUGCUUGGGCGUGCCUCUUUAUACUGGCUGGGUUUCACUUGAACAGGUGCCACUCAGGUGUGCAGCCUCCUCAUACCUCAGCUGGAUCCCCUAGGGUCACCUGUGUGUGAGACACCUGUGUGUGUGUGUGUGUUUCACCUGUAAUCUCUCUGAGCUCUGAGGUUAAUGAAGCCAGCCUUUUGUUCAUGCAGUCAUACUUUUUGAAUGCAGUGAUGCGGCAACAAAAUGCGGGAGAUAUUUUUUCAGUUAUUCAUUUCAAAAGACGGGACAUCUGUCUCUGGUGCUCUGGCUGUACGUCCAGUUCGAUUCAUACUGAUGCCAGUACAAAGCCUUUAUUUAUGCCGUUGUUACAUGGCAACUGGCUUCCUAUGUUAACUGGCUUCCUUUAUGACGUUCCACGAUUGAUGACGUGUCUUCGACAGAUGUGGCACAUUGACUUGUCAACUUUCUGAUAUAAACUGGAGACGAACAAAUACAAAUGUGCAUAACAUCUUUAAAUGUCAAAAUUGGUUGUAGUAGGCUACGUGCACUGGAUCAUGAAUAUGCCAUCAAAAAAUGAAGAGCGUCAUGGGAAGCCAGUUGCCAUGUAACACCGUAACAUAUGUCAGUUGUGCACAGGUUUUGGAAAUCCUGAACGUCAAAAAAACAGUGAUUUGCAUGUGUCCAGCAUUCUAACUACCAUUAAUAGUGCUAUAGCGCGGUAGAGAUUGUCAUUAGAUUUAGUCAUUAAAUUAUAAAUAUUAAUUCCCCUCAAUGUUAUUCUGUUGGAGAUUGUAGAAUGUAUUUGUGCUUGAUUGAAUGUUUAAAAUGUUUUGCAACAGAUCUUAUCUUUAUUCUUUAUUCUAUAUUCUUCAAUAUUUUGACCAGGGCACAGGUCCUUUCUAAUUUCAACUUGAUUUCAGCAUUCUCUUAUGAUUUGUCUUCUUGUGAGAAUAUGCUUUACGUGUGUUGUUUCUGUGAAUGGGUUUGUCUGUGUAUUUGUUUGGAUGGCAUUACUUUUUGUAAAACAUCUAAUUAUUAUUUUCCAAGCAGCUUGUACUGUAUCUCUAGAUGCAAACAUGAAAGAUUUGCAUGUGAAAUAUACUCUUUGAUUCAGGGAAUAUAUGCUGUACUCUCAGACAAUAGCAAAUGUACAAAUUCUUAUUGUAAAAAGUUUUUUUUAAUAUUAUAAUAUUGAUGUUAUAUACAUAUUUAAAUCUCAGCUGCUUUAAAGUUGUUUU